CUGAGAUUAACCUGAACCGGCUAACAGGAAAGGGCAAGCGAAGACCGCGGUGAAGAAUCAGCAAGAAAACGGGGGUCCUUUCACUCUGGAGGGAACUCAAACUUCAGAAGGGAAGGAUAACAGGACUUUAAGGGAUCUUCAGAGUGGGCAUGAGCUCCUCCUGCUGAACAUUACCUCUACACCUCAUCGUCACACAACACUACUGAAGUAAGGCAACGUCAUUGUGUUGGUGUGAAAAGCCUUAUUGACAAGUGCAGUGGCAGAGCCGGAGCUCACCGCUCAGGAAGAUGACAUCACCCUUUGUGCCUGUUCCAGUUCCCAUGAAGAGAACCUUUUCAGGUGGUGGCAAUAAGUUGAGACGGCCACAGAGAGCCGCGUCGCUUGGAAGCGUCUCCAGCAGCUCAGAAUCCUCGUCUCCCGUUGCCAGGGUGGCCGGGGAGGAACGCGAUGGAGGAUGCGGAGGAUUAGACUCUCAGCAUCAGUCACGCUGCUUGGACAGAGCGAACCGCAGCCGGACACCCCCGCCCCUGCAGAGCUCCAUGACACGGGCCAGGGUGAACGGGGUGUUGGAACCCUCUGUGGAGUACUCAUGCUGCCCUCGGUCCAUAUCGGAUCCUGCAGGGAGCCACCAAGUGGAGGAGAGGCCCAUCACCCCCACAGUGCUGGGGUAUGAGGUCAUGGAGGAGAGAGCAAAGUUUACGGUCUAUAAGGUCCUGGUCAGGAACACCCCAGAUGAGAGCUGGGUGGUUUUUAGAAGGUAUACAGACUUCUCCAGACUCAAUGACAAGCUAAAAGAAAUGUUUCCUGGUUUCCGCCUCUCGCUGCCUCCUAAAAGGUGGUUUAAAGACAACUAUGACAGCGACUUCUUGGAGGACAGACAACUGGGUCUACAGGCUUUUCUGCAAAAUUUGGUUGCGCAUAAGGACAUCGCUAACUGCCUGGCGGUAAGAGAGUUUCUGUGUCUCGACGACCCGCCCGGGCCUUUUGAUAGUCUGGAGGAGAGCAGGGCAUUCUGUGAGACUCUGGAAGAGGGCAACUAUCGUCUCCAGAAGGAGCUCCUGGAGAAGCAGAAAGAGAUCGCGUCUCUAAAGCGGAGGCUGGCGGAGAGGGAGCAGGCCAUCCUGCGGCUGGAGAAGCACGUCAAGUCCAUAGACAGUGGGGAUUGUGCCAGUCCGGAUUCUCCGUGUGCCCUGUCGGCUCAGGGCAGCGAGAGUAGCGCCGAUGUGGACGUGGAGUCGUCCGCCGCAGAGGCCGAUCAGGAUAUGCCUGAUGAACACAAUGCUCUUACAGUACCAAGACUCAAAAGUUUGGACACAGCUCUCGGCGGCAGGUGUGAAGUUCAGCCGGUGAGAUCCUCCGCCUGCUGGUGCAAGCCGUCGCUUAGCGACUCUCCUCCGGUUAUCCAGGUCACUCAGCUGUUCAACAACAAACCAGAGCACUAAACAGCCAAGCCUGUUUCCCGCCUCCUCUUCUCUGCUUUUGACCCCAUGCUGGAGUGCUGCUUCACGCCCGCCUUCUUCCUCUUUGGUUUGCCUGAGCAGCUCCCUCUUCAGAUCACAUCUCCUCUCACCACCUCCGGGAUAGUAACCAGUGUUUCACCUUUAUUUCUCAGAAUUUUAUCCGAUGAAGCAUUUCCCACUCAAGAGUUAUAUAUAUAUAUAUAUAUAUAAACAAAGAGGGAAAGUUUUCUACUGAAGCAGACUGUUUCACGAUGAGGUUUUCAUCUGGCACUUACAGAAGACUGAGACGGAGAACCCCAGACUAUGUGGAUCCUCCUCUUGAGGUUGCCGAGUUGGAUCAAUAUGAUCUAGCUCUUAUGUAGCCAAAGUUUUGGUUUGUUUUGUUUUUUUUUUACCAAAAGAAAAAUGGAUAACUUGAAGAUUCAGACAACUGGUUUAAUGAUUUUCCAAGACUGCGACAAUCUACAGAAAAUGAAGCAUCAUCUCAUGAGGCUCUGCAAACAUUUGUUGCCUUGUGACAGGAAUCCCACCUCUCCGGCCAGAGAAACAGCGCCUCCGUGUGGCGAUUGGGAUACAUCUGGGUAAAAAUGAACUCUCACUCAGGAUAAACGCUCGUAACAAGGUGGGUAUCUUAGAGGAUUGUCGUGGUCAGUUUGCAGGGAGUUUGGCGAUAUCAAGUCUGUUUUUUGUUUUUUUACUGCCGUUGACUGUUACAAGUGAAGGCAGACCUUCUGUCCUGGGAAACUCUUUGUCACUUUCAGUCCAAGUUUGCAUCUAAAAGCAUACGACUCCUUAUAUGUUAAGUGCCAAGUUUGGUUUGUGUCCAGAACGAAAUCCUGCGAAGGCCAGUAAAACGUGCAGGAUACUGUACCGAGACUAAGCCAAGAAAUGUAGAGGGUGAUUUAAAUGCAAACAGACCUCCGGCGGCUUUUUAUUGUUAGUAGGGACGAGAUUGAAUCGAGGCGUGGUGUGAUGACACGUGUCGUAGGUGGAUGAUUUCACUCCGAAAUUUCAGAACUGGAUGUCUUGACGAAUCCCAUCAGAUAAAACCACAGCGCUCUGCAGUGCGUGAUCUCUGUCAUGUGAGAUGUUCAGUCGGAGUCGUUACGACCCUCAGCUUCAGUCAAGGCAUCGCAGGUGGUUCAAUAGCUUAACUACUUGAAAAACUGUAAACUCCAGGCUAAUGAGCCACAACUCUGAAAGACUGAGGAAAUGAAAAUUCCUCCUCUCUCCACAUCUUUGGCUUUUAUGAAGUACCUGCUAUUUAACAUAAGAUGUAGACAAAUCAGUAAUUACUGGUGUGUGUAAACCCGGAUGGAGCUCUUGGACUGCUGCUUCAGGACUGUUCUUGGUUAACAAAUCGCUUACAUAAGCCAUAUUUUAUACCUAAAUAACACUCGAGCGGCAGGUGUUUCACGCGGUGGAGGUGCAUGCUAACUAAACAGUUUUCGCUCUUUGAUCGCCAGUUUAUGAGGGGCGGUAGGGAUGAUGUUGAAUUCCCUCAUCACAUCCUGGAACAGGGGAUAAUGCACUUUAUGGAUGUACAGCAACACACCAUGUGUGCUAGAAUCAUGUUUUUAAUUAUUUUGAGAUGGACAAAUGCCUUUUUGAUCAUUGACUCUGUUUUGAUCUAAUAUGUUAAAGAGUUUCCAUCAUGCUCUGUACUUUACUCUAAAUAACCCACUUGCAAAGUGCCUUGAAGAUUUCUCUCUUGGCUUUUCUCUCUAUGUUUGAAUAGCUUUAUAGAUUUGUUGGGGACACGAAGCGCAUCCACGAUGUCCCUCAUAUGGAAGUUUAUUUCAAAUAACGCACCUGUGUACAUGUUGUUGCUUGAAAUAGACAGAAGAUGACUUGUUUUUGUAAUAUUUCACAGAUGGAGUCUUAAUUCAGAUAUACACCCACACUUGCACUAUAACAAUGUAAAUUAAUGCCGGUAGUGUCACCAAUGCCCCAGGUGUAGGAAGAUAGUCCAGAAAUGUACAUUGUAGACAGAAAUGUUUAUCAGAAAGAAGAUUUAAAAUACACAAUUAAAGACAGAGUGAUAAUUAAAUAUAUGUGUGGGUUUUUUGAGGAGUUUUUUGUCCUCAUUUUUAAGUCUUUGCUUUCCUGUGAUUUUAUUGUUUUAUAUGGGAAAAAAUGUAUAUCGUAUGUCAUCUUAGAGGAAAGGGAAACGCUGCCGUAGAACCUUGUUUUUUUUUUAAUUUCCUCAUUAAAAGUUUAAAGUGUAAAACUAUGUAAGACACUUCUUUUUCAGCUUUAACCCACCAAAAUGCAACAUUGUGGAGCAAUGAGUGCACACUGACCAAUAAAUAAAGUUAUUAAAGAAAAGACACCUUUUGAGGGACCAAAUAAAAAUGUGUUUGGUUCCUAUCAGGUCUUAAAAUUAGUCUUUGAUCAGUUAGCUGGAGGUGUCGUACAUGUAUAACCGCAGUAACAACUGCUUCCUAUACGAUGAUUUCAAGUAAUUAGCACCAGGUUUGAUUUUUACAGUGUUGCUUUAUGGACUCAAAUCACGCUAUAACAAGAGGAUUUGAUCUGUUUAAAAAGAGAAUGCCGGAAAUCAUUAGUUGUGACUUUAGAACAAUAAACCGUCUAUACGGUGCAGCUGCAGGAAACCUCUUAAACUUUUAACUUGAUUCUGAAGAAGGAACGUGUUUUUGUCUUGAGUUUUCUUCUGACUGUACCCCAUUAAACAUUUUAUUGUUUUAAAUUAAUUAAAUUAAUAUUCUGGGACUCUUAUGGGCUGUAAUCCUGUCCGGUUUGUGCCUUGGUUGUGGCUUCAGCUGAUCCUGGUCUAAAAACAAGUGAAUGAC